AAUUACUUUAUAAUUAAUUAAUGUCAUACAAAGGGGAUGGAUAACCCGAUCACCGGCCGCAUCAACUAUUUAAAGAGUGUCCUCCACUCCCUUCCUCACAACACUCAACUCCCCCCUAAACAAACAUUUACAUCCAAAAACCACACACACAAAAAGAACAAAAAAAUGGCAGUCAGCCACUUAUCAAAUGAUCUUGAAGAUGAUGAAUACAUUGAGAUGGAAGUCAGUUCAUACUCCACCUUCUUCUGCAACCCCUCCUCCAUAAGCUCACCACCUCCGCAGUUCCCCAUCCCCAUAGAGUUUGAGUUCCAAAUGUCUUCUUCCAUGGAAAUUCAGCCCACUACUUCACCAGCUGACGAACUCUUUUACAAAGGCAAGCUUCUUCCACUUCACCUUCCUCCUCGUUUACAAAUGGUCCAAAAACUCCUGCAAAACUCGACUUCCGUUUAUGAAGACUUCUAUGGGACUCCUUUAACGAGCACUCCAUUUGAAUCCUGCAAUGUUUCGCCUUCUCAGUCGUGUCGGAUUAGUCAAGAGUUGAAUCCUGAGGAGUGUCUGUUUGAGUACUCAACUGAAGCUUUGAGUGGCCAUUGCAACGAUAAAAACCACCGGAAAAAGUCCUCGUCGUCGGUCAUCGGUUCGAAACUGAAGGCAUAUAGGGGUUAUCUGAAAUCUUUGUUUAGUAAAUCAGGAUGCUCCAGUGAAUCAUGUUCAGCAGCAAAAGUUGCUGAUGAAGGAUCCAUCCUGAGAGCGAAAGAAAGGUUGGAUCGAUCCAUGAUGAUGAAAUCAACAAAGAAAGCUCCAUUCGGACAAAUUCGUCAUAGGAGAUCUUUGUCUUUGGCUAUCAAACGACAACAUUCGACGAACAAGUCUCCUUCUUCUUCUUCAUCAUCAUCUGGUUCUUCUCCAUCUCCAAACUCAAAUGGUGUUCAGUAUUUGCAGUUUCUUAAACGAAGCAACAGCGUGAAUGUUGAGAUUGAGAGUCCAAUUCAAGGAGCCAUUGCGCAUUGCAAGCAAUCUCAGCAGUUGAUAAGGUCGAGAAAGACUGUUAGUGAAGUUGGACAUGCAAUAUGGAUAUGACGUGAUUCCAACACGAUAGUACGGUGAUGUACAACGAAACACGACCAAUGACAUCAUUCAACAUCUGUGUCAGGUUGGAAUUUUUUUGAUGUGUUCCUCAUGUACCGGUAGGACACCGAACAAGAGAGGCUAAGGGACCGUUGCAGGGCUGAAAUGAAAGAAAGUGCUGGAUUGAAUUCCUUAAAAAGAAAACCUUUUGGAUGUUGAGACUUUAAUCCAGGAUUCAAUUAAAAGGUAAUCUCCUAUAGAAAGAUCAAACAGUCAGAUUUGACAUCAAUAGUUUCGGUUGGAGCGAAAAUGGUAACAACAAUUUUAGUUCAUUUAUGCCACCAUUGGUUAGUAGUUUAAGAAUAUUAAAAAUUUUAUUUUAAAAUAUUUGUAUUACAAUAGUUUUCUUUACUUUUUUUAUUUUGUAUAAUUUCAUUAUUAGUUCGAUCAUAUAUAUUUUAUUAUUUAAAUG